AUCGCGUAGCAGUAUUCAAUGUAGUUGCCAUUCGACUGGACGUAUUUUAUCGUAUUAUCUCGCUUUUCGAGAUAGUGAAACAAGACACACACAAGAACCAUCAAUGAAAUGUUGAAAAAUUUACAACGUUUUUUGUUUUUUUCAAAAAAAAAAGAGAAACAUACAGUGAACAGAAUAAAAUAAAACAAGCGAUAAAAUCGCACGUAUGACGUACGCAAAAAAACACUUUUUUUUUGCUAAAAUCCAAAUUUAACUGGACAGAAAAUUGAGAAAACCAAGCGGGUCGUUACAUUGGACGCACGCAACAACGUUGUUUUUUUUUUUCAUGUGUAAAUCAAUUUGAAUUUGAUUUAAUAAGCGCGCAACGUUAAUAACAACAACAGCAGCAACAACGGAAGCAACAGCUACGACAGUAUAAAAAUACGAAUAAUUGACUUAAGUGAAAUAGAAAAAAGAAACGAAGCGAAAUAAGUAACAGAAAGAGUGAAAAGAUGAUGUGCUGUAAUCAAAAAGAAGAAAAGAAAAACUAGAAAAUGAUCGACAAUAAAAAAAUUUAGUGACACAAAACAAGUCUGCGCUAGAUAUUUUGAAUCAAUUAACUUCGUCUGAUUUUGUUUUAUAAAUUAUACCAACUACACAUCUCUCGUCGUCUGUUCGUAAUAAAAACUUCUCAGAAUGAACUAAAAAGUGAUGACUGACAAAAAAUUUAAUCUAAAUUAAAAAAAACAUCUUCAAUUGAAAGUGAAAAACGUAAACAAAAUCGUCGUCGAAACAAAAAGUGACAAUUUGAAAUGACAAUGAUCAACAGCAGUUGAAUCGAUCAUCAAAAUAAUAACAACAGCAAACAAACUAAAUGAAAGAGAGAGAAAGAGAAUGAAUGUGUGUAUUUUUAUGAUUCCCUGAAUCCCUGAAGCAAAUCAGUUAAAAAAAAUUGAGUUCGAAAAAUACGAUGAACACAUAAAGUACGAAGCAAAUUAUACACUGUAAUUGAUUUCCGAUAAAAUUCUGGAGCAAAGAGAAUGCAGGCAGUCAAGUUAGAAAUGGCUCGUGAUUCAGCGGUUGGAAGAGAGCGUAUUCUGGUUGUACCAAGCAGUUUGGCGCUUGACAACACAACAACCAAUCAACAUGUCAACAGUGCACAAAACGAUCUCAAUCAACAAAUUCUUGAGCUAAAAAAGGAGCAGGAGUUGCAAAAGCAAAUGCUUUGGCAUACAUUUCAAGAGAAAAAUAAACAGUUGGAGCUUCAACAUAAGUGGCAACUCGAACACAAAUUUCAGUCUGCGGCGUAUUCAAAUGGCGUAUUGCAGGAAUUGCACGAGCAACGUGUGGCCGCCCUUGAGGAGCAACAACAACGUGAACAACGCGAACAACGAGAGCUACGAGAACGGCGUGAACGCGAACGCGAGGCAAUCGUACGUCGCAAAGAGAAUUCGUCCAGUGCCAAUGCUAGUCCAGAAGUCAAGCAAAAAUUGCAAUCAUUUAUCAUCAGUAAAAAGCAAAAUGCUUCAUCGAAUGGUCUCGCUUCUACAUCGUCUCCAUAUCGAAAUUGGGGUGUGGUUAAAAGUUCGUCAGGAGAAUCGUUACCAGCUAGUGUUGUGCCAAGCUCUCAUCCGUAUAAAAUACCUCAACAGCCGCCACCAACCAUAUCGAAAUACGAUCCAGAUUUUCCACUACGUAAAACAGCAUCCGAGCCCAAUUUAUUGAAGAUUCGUUUGAAACAGAGUGUUAUUGAGAGAAAAGCUCGCGGAUCAUUGGCCGCAAGACGACAAGAACGUUUAUUGCUAGCUGCUCAACGUCGUAUAAAACAACAUCAAAGCUCUCUCAUCGGACCAAAUUGUUCAUCAACAGAUUCAGGGCCAAAUUCGCCGCCAACGUUGACCGGCAGCCGCGGUUCACCCACCAGUGCAACGAUUCAAGAAGAAAACGAAGAUCCAAACUAUCAUGCUGGACGAGAUAGUAUUAACGAUUUAUCAUUGUACACGUCACCGUCGAUGCCCAAUAUUUCGCUCGGAAGACCACAUCUUCCCAACGCACACAGUCACGCAUAUGGAAUUCAUUCAAUUCUACGAACCCCGUCGCAAACCAUGUUAGCUCCACCGGGAGCACCAUAUUAUAUUCCGACAAUUGAACAUGGUGAAGUGCCACCGGCUCACACAAGUGGCCUACAUUUGGCACAAUUGGGCUUACAUCAAAUUCCAACAAUGUACAGCCAACCAAUAACCGAUGCUCAAGUAGCUCUGGCUCGUUUACAUAAACAAGGACAUCGGACGUUGGGUCGAACACAAUCGGCUCCGCUUCCAUUGGGUCAUCCAAUGCUAACCGGUGCGGCUGCAUUAAAUAUUGCUCAAACUCACUAUGAAAAUAGCGAAGCAGAACGACAGGCAUACGAACAACAGCACAUGCAAUUAACGCAAAAGAUUCGACAAACUGUAUUAACACGAACCGGACGUGGCGAUUCAUUCAAAGAAGAAGAAGAUGCCGUUAUUGACUUAACCGAUAAGAAACAACCACCAAAAGCAGUACCAACCAGCACAGUUAUAUCGUCAACAUUGAAUCCACCGCCGGCCAUAUCACCCGAAGAACGAUUACGUGAUCAAGAAUAUUUACAACAACAACGCGAGAUACUCAUUCGUCAAUCGAUGCAGUUGUCUGUCGACGAUCCAUUCUUGCGCAAUCUCAGUCGACCUUUAUCUCGAACGUUAUCGAGUCCAUUGGUACCAAUUGGACAACCAAGUCUUUGCGGCCUUCGUGAUACAGGCCAAUCAAUAUCGCUUGAUGGUCCACCACCAGUCAAUUUAACGUUGCCACAUCGACGAAAUAUCACCGAAAACGAACACAAAAUCACAACCGGUCUUUCAUUCGACAAUACAAUGCUGAAACAUUCGUGCAUUUGUGGUAACAAUUCAUCGCAUCCAGAGCACAGCGGACGUUUGCAAAGUGUAUGGGCACGAUUGGGAGAAACUGGACUGGCAAAUCGAUGCGAUCGAUUGCGUUCGCGUAAAGCAACAAUCGAUGAACUUCAAUCGGUGCACACCGAAAAUCAUGCAAACCUAUUCGGUUCGAAUCAAUUGAAUCGCCAAAAAAUGGAAUCAUCACGAACUAGUUUUGUUCGGCUUGCGUGUGGUGGUGUCGGUGUCGAUUUGGACACCACAUGGAAUGAAAAUUUUACGGGAACCGCUGCACGCAUGGCAGCCGGAUGUGUUAUUGAUUUGGCAUUUAAAACAGCUAAACGUGAUAUUACAAAUGGAUUUGCUGUUGUUCGUCCACCAGGACAUCACGCUGAGCCUGACCAAGCUAUGGGUUUUUGUUUCUUCAAUUCAGUUGCCAUUGCGGCCAAAUUGUUGCGUCAACGUUUACCAAAUGAAAUUGGAAAAGUGCUAAUUGUUGAUUGGGAUGUUCACCAUGGUAAUGGUACACAACAAGUAUUUUAUGAGGACAAUAGUGUUUUGUAUCUAUCAAUUCAUCGGCAUGAUGAUGGCAACUUCUUCCCGGGCACUGGUGGUCCAACUGAAUGCGGUUCUGGCAUCGGUGUUGGAUUCAAUGUGAAUGUUGCCUGGAGCGGUGGAUUAAGUCCAUCCCUUGGCGAUGCCGAAUAUUUGGCCGCAUUUAGAACGGUUGUUAUGCCGAUCGCGCGUGAAUUUGCGCCCGAUAUCAUUCUCGUAUCGGCCGGUUUUGACGCAGCCGUAGGUCAUCCGCCACCGUUAGGCGGUUAUGUUGUUUCACCGGCUUGUUUUGGCCAUUUGACACGGGAACUAAUGCAAUUGGCUGAUGGAAAAAUUGUGUUGGCAUUAGAAGGUGGCUAUGAUUUGACAGCCAUUUGUGAUUCAGCUCAAGAAUGUGUUAAAGCUCUGCUUGGGGAUGAACCAACAACCAUUACCGAAGCCGAACUAAAUCGUACACCAUGUCAAAAUGCAAUCGAUACACUUCAAAAAACGAUUGCAAUUCAGAUGUCACAUUGGCCGUGCGUUAAACGAUUAGCUCAUACUGUUGGAAUGUCAGCUAUUCAAGCGAUGAAAUGCGAACGAGAGGAAUCCGAAACUCUAACAGCAAUGGCUGGCCUGUCAAUGCAGCCGCCAGCAAAUCGUGGUUCAUUGUCACGUGAAGAUUCUGAUGAACCAAUGGAACAAGAUGACACAAAGUAAAAAAAAGUGGAACAAUCGAUAGCGCGACGCUGAUUUGAUAUAUUUAUUAUUAUUAUUUUAUUAUUAUUUUUCUAUUUUUGCAAAUCGAAUCGAAGAAAAUGCUCAUAUCUGUUGGAAAUGUUACGAAUUUUUUCUGUUUAAAUGUCUAAAUGAUGUUGAGUAUCUAUCAAAUCGAUGAACUAAUGGAUACAACAAUUUUCAAUCUAGAAUAAUUGUGAUUUUAAAUGUAUGUUCUUAUAAAUUAACGUAAUUGAUUUUUAAAAAUUCGGAGGUGAAAAAAGCGAGCGAAAAAUUUGAACAGAUAAAACAAAACAAAAAUAAAAUAAAAUAAAUAAUUGAAAAUGUGAGAUCGAAUGAAAAUGAGUGACAUUUUAAAUGUAUGUGCUAUGUACAUAUUUAAUGAUCGCCGGUUGGGGUUAACAACAAAAGCUAACGAAAAACGACUAUUUCAAAACAAAAUAAACUAAAAAAUGCAGGGACAAAAAGACACAAGACUAAAUUUGCCUAGAAUGGAAAAUAAAAUCCUCAUUAAUUCUGAGAGUAUAUCCCGUAUUUGAAAACGGCCAUUUAACACAAAUGCAACCCGACGGUGGCGAGAGAAAAAAAUGUUAAUAUACAAAGAGAAAAUGCAUCGUAAAUUGUUUAAAGUGGUUUCGUUUGGGCGUUGAAGCCAUUGUGUAGUGUGGCUAACCCAACAAAUAUAUAUUUUAUUAAAAUCACAAAAGCGAAAAUAAAGAUGUCAAAAGAAAAUCACACAACCACUUGUAUAUAGUACACACAAAAAUGUUUAUGUAAAAAAAAAAACAAUAUUAUUCGCUUAAAAAAACAAAUGAUGUGUGCAAUGUGCUUUAUUGUAGCCAUAUAAUCACGUUCGCCAGAACAUAUACUUAUCACACUUAUAAUAUAUAUAAUUGAUAGCUCAUUUACCCAUUUGCCCCAACAAACACAUGGGGUAAAAGUGCUGGCAACGAUAAAUGGUCAUAUUUAUAACAUUUACAACAAAGAAAUGAGAAAUGAAAUUUUUUAUUGAUGUGAAUGUUGGUUUUGUUCAUCGUAAAAUGUAUUUGUGUUUUGUGUGUUUCAAAUUGCACAAUUUCUAUCACUUAUUCACACAGCAGAGAUGCAUUUUAAAGCAUCAAAACAAUACACGGCUCGCACUCGAAUGGACGAAUUUAAUACUUAAUUAAACUAAUUUAUCAUCACAUUUUGUCUAAAGACAAAAGCAAAACAAUUUAUUGUGCAUGUUCGUUGUUCAAAAACCGCCAUAGAAGGUUAAACACAAAAAAAAGACACGCAAAAGACGCAAAAUGUUCAUUUGUGAGUGAUAUGCAAAAAAAUUACUAAGUCGCAAUUCAACGAAAUUUCCAUUUGUUUGUUCUCUUUUAUUAGUUGAAAAAUCACGUGAUUGAUUGCAUCGAAUUACAACAUUCAAUCGAUGACACGAUAACGAUUUUAACUGUCAUUCUCUCCUAUCUAGCCGGAAACUUUUUGCAAAUUAAAAAGUGUAUAAUUAGCAUUUUAAUUGAAGUCCAUUUUUUCCCUCUAUCCAUAUCAAUUGUAUAAUUUUAUUGCAUUGCAAACCACACACAGACACAGCGUUUAAAAGCAUAUUAAAUAUUCAUAACGAAUUAAAAAAAGACCAGAAUAUUAUAUGCAAAACUUCUAUAUACACUAAUUUGAGUGACCUUAAUGUGCAAAACCAACGAAAAUUAUCUAAUUAUAUGGAAAAAUUCUCAUGCUAUUUCUGUACUCUAUAACUCUCGCAACAGAAAAAACACAUCGCAUGAUCGAACUCUUUUUAUAACAGAAAAAAAAACUUUUUUUAAAUACAGACACUAAUUUUAAUAAAUAUUAUGCUGAAAUGUAGUGAAAUAGCGAUUGAGAAUUUUGACAUCUUUGAAUGCAAUUUUUUCGUUAUAAUCGAACUUUGACUGUUUUUUUUUCUUUGGCAUAACGUUUAUUAAAAUCCGGAAUAGAAAUUUUGUCUCCAUUUCAAAUUUAUAUCUAAUGUGUGUAGAAAUGAUGCUUUUAAGAGCUGGAGAAAACACAAUACGACGAACCAUAUUCUAUAUAUAUUGUUGUUUAACUAAACUAAAUGUCACGUGCUUAUUUCAGAUGAAAAAAAAUUGAAUGCUACAAGCACGUCUAUUAGGUAAAUUCAGAAAGAGAGAGAGAGAGAGCAAACAUAUGCCGUUUGUUAAUAGAGUAUAAUUCCUUGGUUUUUUCUUUAUUCCGUUCAUAAAACAAUAUUGAAAUGUAUUAUAUUUUUUAUUGACACCGCGACCUAAAUUAAAAUUAAUGUGUCAUUAAAUAGAUGUAUAAAUUUGUUAAUUUUAAAACGUUUCGAUUUUCACAUUCGAAAACAAACAAUGAACAAAAAAAGAGAAAAAAAUUGUUUCUUUUGAAUAGAAGAUACAUGACAUUUUUAUGUGCUGGUCACUAAUAUAGAUAGACAAAAAUUUUACCGACGAUAAAUGUCACACCAGAAUUUUGAAAUGAAUUAAAUGAACAUUAUAACAAUAUACAAUUUAGACGAAAAAGAGAGAAAAUUUUGUGUCGAUGUUAUUUGUGGUGGAAAAUAAUAAAUUGAUAUUGUUUUAGAUUUUUAUCACUUCACAAACCUCCACACAUACACUCACACAUGCACGUACGUACACAGAAUCAUAUUUGCAAGCAGCAAAAUAAACGCAAAACUAAUGUUGCAGUGAGAGAAUCAUACCUAUAUGAUUCGUUGCGGUGGAAAAAUAUGUCUUGCAAAGAUAAACAAACCUCAGCUCCAGUAUGGAAUAUAACGUUUGCCAACAUGUCUUUGUGGGAUAUUUUUUUCACCGCAACAUCCACCAAAAUAAGCGAUGAUUGAAAUGAAAUGAAAAUAAAUAGUGUAAAUCUUGUUUUAAAUAUUUUUCGAUAUGCUUACAAAUUGAUAACAAAGAAAAAAAUCCUGUUGAAAAACAAAUGAAAUAUUUUAAUCGAAAUGCGCAGCUUUUAUGAAGCGUUCUACCAAAAUUAAUGAAAAUGAUGCAAAAAAAACAAACAAAUAAUUUGGAGAUAAAUGUAUGUAUGUAUAUUAAAAUAUCAAGAAACAUUUUUAGUGAACCAAUAACAAAACGGAUAGAGCAAAUUGAGUGGUUUCAUCGAGUCGAACGGAGGUACGACCGAGCUAUAGAUAUGAAAGAAAUGAAAAACAAAAUAUUUUAAACCAAAAAAAACAGACAUAUUUAGAUAUUUAUAUUAAUUGUGAAAUUGAUGUUAACUAUAUUGGUGUUGAGGUGUCAACAGAACAUGUUCAAGAUCCAAUGUCCAACAUUUUUCAAGCAGUGCAAAGAAAAGAAACAAACAAAAAUGUUCCCAUUUAUUUAAAGUGGAACAUUUCUAGCUCCAAAUUAAAUACCAGAUUCUCGGAUGGAUCGAAUUGUGGCAAUGGCAAAAGUUCUUAUGAAAUAAUUUGAACAGGUGGUUGAUAUAAAAUGCAAAAAAAGUUCAUAUAUCAAUCGUCAUUGUCAUGACAAUAACAUCAGCUACCGGCGGCAAUUUUACAUUUCUUCGUUGUCUGUAUUUAUUUUCCAUUUGGAAAUGUAGCUUUAUGGAAAUUUAACGGUUUUUUUUUAUCUAAACGCACACGUCGUACUUGUAUCCAAUCCAUAUAUUCAUGAUUUCGUUUUCACGCUGUGUUUAAUUUUCUUCUUUCGAUCUAUUCGGUUACAUUCAACAACAUGAUCACAUCUAUUUAAAAUCAUUUCAUUUCUUCGGUUAAAGUCAAAAAUUGUUUAUUUCUAUCAUUUGAUGGACACCAUAAUGGCGACACACACACAUACGGUAACACGUAAAAUUGUGUCUCUUUUUAAGAGCAAAAUCACACACACCCAAACAUUCCAUUAAUCUGUAUGACAAAUUGUAUUUAAUUUAAGUUUCUAAUUUAAAUUGUAAUUUUAUUUUUCAAAUGAUAAAAAAAAACAAUAUGUUGAAAGAGAGAA